CCUUAUUCUCCAUAUCGAAAUGCAAUCUUCUUUUUCAUUAUCCUUCAGAACUCAAGUCUUAGAAGACAGCAGAGAGCUCAUAAUAUAGAGAAACCCUACAAUUGUGAAGAAUGUGAAAAGUGCUUUACCAAGGCCUCAAAUCUUAGAAAUCAUAAAACUAUUCAUACUGGAGAGAAACCCGUGAAGAAUGAAGAAUGUGACAUGUGCUUUGCUGACUUGUCAAGUCUUAGAAGUCAUAAAAAUAUCCAUACUGAGGAAAAACCCUACAAAUGUGAAGAAUGUGACAAGUAUUUUACGAAAGCCUCCUCCCACAAAAAUCAUAAAACUAUUCAUACUGGAGAGAAACCCUACAAAUGUGAAGAAUGUGACAUGUGCUUUGCUGACUUGUCAAGUCUUAGAAGUCAUAAAAAUAUCCAUACUGAGGAAAAACCCUACAAAUGUGAAGAAUGUGACAAGUAUUUUACGAAAGCCUCCUAUCUUAGAUGCCACAAAAAUAUUCAUACUGGAGAGAAACCCUACACAUGUAAAGAAUGUGACAAGUCCUUUAGCCAUGCCUCACAUCUUAGAUGUCAUAAAAGGACUCAUACUGGAGAGAAACCCUACAGAUGUGAAGAAUGUGACAAGUGCUUUACUUGGAGCUCCAUACUUAGGACACAUUACAGAAUCCAUACUGGAGAAAAACCCUACAGGUGUGAAGAAUGUGACAAGUGCUUUACCCAGGACUCACAUCUUAGACAUCAUCAAAGUAUUCAUACUGGGGAGAAACCCUACAGAUGUGAAGAAUGUGGUAAGUCCUUUAACCACCCCUCAUAUCUUAGAUGUCAUAAAAGGACUCAUACUGGAGAAAAACCCUACAGGUGUGAAGAAUGUGACAAGUGCUUUACUCAGAGCUCCAUACUUAGGACACAUUACAGAAUCCAUACUGGAGAAAAACCCUACAGGUGUGAAGAAUGUGACAAGUGCUUUACCCAGGUCUCAAAUCUUAGACAUCAUCAAAGUAUUCAUAGUGGGGAGAAACCCUACAAAUGUGAAGAAUGUGACAAGUCCUUUACUCAGAGCUCCAUACUUAGGACACAUUACAGAAUUCAUACUGGAGAAAAACCCUACAGGUGUGAAGAAUGUGACAAGUGCUUUACCCAGGACUCA